AUGGGCUCACUCAGUGCAGCAAACUCAAAGCUCUGCUUUGAUGUCUUUAAAGAGAUGAACUAUGACCACAUGAUUGAGAAUCUCAUCUUUUCUCCCUUGAGUCUCCUGUCUGCCCUGGCUGUGGUGCUCUUUGGGGCCAGAGGAGACAGUGCAUCCCAGAUGGAGAAGUCUCAGAGCAAACCUGUUCAGAUGAUGCGGCUGCAAGGGCUCUUUAAACUGGACUCCAUAACGGAGCCUCGGGUGCAGGUUCUUGAGGUGCCUGACGUGGAAGAUCACCUGAGUAUGGUCAUCGUCCUACCCAGAGAGGAAGUUGGCCUGGGACAGGUUACCAAUGAAAUCACUUAUGAGAAACUAAGCAACUGGAUAGGCUCAGCCAACAUGAAAGACACAGCUGUGGUCCUGUACCUGCCCCAGCUCAGACUUCAUGGGUACUAUGAAGACUUGACUUCCAUACUGGCAGCUUUGGGAAUGACGGAUGUCUUUAACCACUCAAGGACUAACUUGUCUGGCAUAACUGCAGGAGGAGACCUCAGGGUCUCCAAGAUAAUCCAUAAGGCCAUGCUAGAGGUUAUUGAGACUGGUUCAGAGUUCACACUUAACAACCAAACAAGCAAAUUUGAAAAUCCUGAACUCUUCAAGGUGGAUCAUCCUUUUCUCUUCUUUAUCUUCCACAAGGAAACUAAGAUGAUUCUCUUCUAUGGUAGAGUCUGCAACCCUUAA